GACCCCCUGCUGGCUAAAGGUAUGGAAGACCCCCUGCUGGCUAAAGGUAUGGUAGACCCCCUGCUGGCUAAGGGUAUGGAAGACCCCCUGCUGGCUAAGGGUAUGGCAGACCCCCUGCUGGCUAAAGGUAUGGUAGACCCCCUGCUGGCUAAAGGUAUGGAAGACCCCCUGCUGGCUAAGGGUAUGGCAGACCCCCUGCUGGCUAAAGGUAUGGAAGACCCCCUGCUGGCUAAAGGUAUGGAAGACCCCCUGCUGGCUAAAGGUAUGGAAGACCCCCUGCUGGCUAAAGGUAUGGUAGACCCCCUGCUGGUAUGGGAGACCCCCUGCUGGCUAAAGGUAUGGCAGACCCCCUGCUGGCUAAAGGUAUGGUAGAACCCCUGCUGGCUAAAGGUAUGGCAGACCCCCUGCUGGCUAAAGGUAUGGCAGACCCCCUGCUGGCUAAAGGUAUGGCAGACCCCCUGCUGGCUAAAGAUAUGGCAGACCCCCUGCUGGCUAAAGGUAUGGUAGACCCCCUUCUGGCUAAAGGUAUGGCAGACCCCCUGCUGGCUAAAGGUAUGGCAGACCCCCUGCUGGCUAAAGGUAUGGCAGACCCCCUGCUGGCUAAAGGUAUGGCAGACCCCCUGCUGGCUAAAGGUAUGGCAGACCCCCUGCUGGCUAAAGGUAUGGCAGACCCCCUGCUGGCUAAAGGUAUGGCAGACCCCCUGCUGGCUAAAGGUAUGGAAGACCCCCUGCUGGCUAAAGGUAUGGCAGACCCCCUGCUGGCUAAAGGUAUGGCAGACCCCCUGCUGGCUAAAGGUAUGGCAGACCCCCUCCUGGCUAAAGGUAUGGCAGACCCCCUGCUGGCUAAAGGUAUGGCAGACCCCCUGCUGGCUAAAGGUAUGGCAGACCCCCUGCUGGCUAAAGGUAUGGCAGACCCCCUGCUGGCUAAAGGUAUGGCAGACCCCCUGCUGGCUAAAGGUAUGGCAGACCCCCUGCUGGCUAAAGGUAUGGCAGACCCCCUGCUGGCUAAAGGUAUGGCAGACCCCCUGCUGGCUAAAGGUAUGGCAGACCCCCUGCUGGCUAAAGGUAUGGCAGACCCCCUGCUGGCUAAAGGUAUGGCAGACCCCCUCCUGGCUAAAGGUAUGGUAGACCUCCUGCUGGCUAAAGGUGGUGGUCGUGUGUAUCCAUUGGCUGUGCGCCUGGCGGGGGUGGAGCUGACCCCAGAGGGGAGGGCGUGGCUGGAGCAGCACCUGAGCCCGGCCCAGACGGUGUGGCUCAAACUGGUCAGCAGAGAGGAGGAGACACUGCACUGUCUGGUGUCUGUUAGCCGGGGGUCAUUGAGGAGUCUGUGUCUGAAUGAGGAGGUGUUGAGGUUGGGUCUGGCACGCACUGUCCCAGUCUCUGGACUCCACCCUCAGUCCCACCUUUACCUGCGGCUCCACCAACGGCUGCUCAAGGCAGAGGUCAAGGCCGAGCGGAAGGGGCGAGGCAUGUGGAAAGAGGAUAGCCUAUGGGAUAGGACCUCACAGGCUGUUUGGGACAACUCACUGGUCACACUCAUCAGGAGGAUCUUCAAGUGGACGUGAUUGGUUGGUUGAUUGAUUGGUUGGUUGAUUGAUUGGUUGGUUGAUUGAUUGAUUGACUGACUGACUGAUUGGUUGAUUGACUGGUUGAUUGAUUGACUGGUUGAUUGAUUGAUUGAUUGAUUGACUGACUGACUGAUUGGUUGAUUGACUGACUGAUUGAUUGACUGACUGAUUGAUUGACUGACUGAUUGAUUGACUGACUGAUUGAUUGACUGACUGAUUGAUUGACUGACUGAUUGAUUGACUGACUGAUUGAUUGACUGACUGAUUGAUUGACUGAUUGAUUGAUUGACUGACUGAUUGAUUGACUGACUGGUUGAUUGAUUGAUUGACUGGUUGAUUGAUUGAUUGACUGGUUGAUUGAUUGAUUGACUGGUUGAUUGAUUGACUGACUGGUUGAUUGAUUGACUGACUGACUGACUGACUGAUUGACUGACUGAUUGAUUGACUGACUGAUUGACUGACUGAUUGACUGACUGACUGACUGAUUGACUGACUGAUUGAUUGAUUGACUGACUGAUUGACUGACUGAUUGAUUGAUUGAUUGACUGGUUGAUUGAUUGAUUGACUGGUUGGUUGAUUGAUUGAUUGACUGACUGAUUGGUUGAUUUCAAGUGGGCUUGAAAGUAAGUUUAUGAAUGUUCCAAGGCUCAGGCCCGUCUCAGAAUACAGCUGGGUCAUUAUGGGUCUGUGUUUGACAAGUGGAUCAUCUAUUUGUCAACUUGCCACUUCACCGAUUUGCUGAAAACGGACAAUAAUCACACCAAUAUCUGUCCAAACAAUCUUUUCUCCUGUACUUUACUAUCUGGGAAAAGUGUGAAACGAUGUCUCAAAAGAAUGGGGGUAUGGACUAAAUCGUAGACAUGGGACAAAAAUGUUUUGACCCACGUGCUUAUCAAAAUGUAUAUAUAUAUAUAUAUCGAUGGAGAUUAAACGCACUGACACGGUAAUGACAAGACAGAAUAGAAACCAGUCUACUUACAGUUAGUGUUCCCCUUCGUGGGUCAGAAAAUGUUGAUGUUUGAUUAGAUAAUGUAAAGAAACUUGGCUGUCAGAAAUCCACUUAUCUACAUCAAACGCAUUUCAAAAAAUAUAUAUAAAUCUUUACCCGAUUUGUGAAAUAAAUAUGCAUUGGAUAAUUCA